AGGUCAGACAAACUGUCGGGCUAAACAGGGCAGCCUUACAUUUUUUACAUUCACACGCCAGAGGCACGCGGAGCCAUGGGAGAUGGUAAUCGGCCGAGUUCGCGGCUUCCUCCGCUGCUUGGAAACCCCAGGAAGGGAAAUUGAACUUUACAAGAAAACUAAUGGACAAUCCCCCCCACAGAUGGUAACAAAAAAUAAUCCAGAUGGGGUGCAGGUGCUGUAAAAUGAUACAAAGCUAUCUCUUUGAGCCAGUUCAUGCGCCACCUGCUGGUUGUAUCAGUGAAGUAAACAGUUACAAGCCAGAGGAAGAACAUGACGUCAAACUCAAAGAGAAUAGUGAAAUACUAGCACAUCAAAAUGACCUUCAAAAUGAGGAGCUACAGAGGACUGAAACCAAAAACAGGCUGAACAGCGCCCAGGAGCCCUUUUGGCAUCAUCGAGGACCUCCGAUCCACGAGGAUCAUGCGGGGAACUCUUUGACAAAGACCAACACUGCUCUCAAUGGCAUUGGUGCCAAUUCUGCUGUAUCCCCCGAUGUAAAUCCCAGUCUUAGCCAAGGAAAAGAAAUCACUCCCCAUGAGAGUGGCAGCGGGUCUUUGGCUAGUGCUGUGAGUGAUAGUGACCCCGGUGAACACUUUGUUAAAGAAAGUGACCCAGGGAAAAACGGUCAUAUGCGUCAAGCUGUAGAAGAGACUCAAGUCAUCCUAAAUGGAGGUUCCCAAGCUUCGGGAGAAAAUGCAUCCUCCCCAGGAAGUAACCACUCGUUGGAAAUCCAAAACCACAUCGGCCAGCUACCAGUCCCUGACUAUCCUCAAGUUGAGGUGCAAGUGAUAAACGAGGUUAUUGAUGAAAAUUACUGUUUUCUGAGUAAUCACCUCCAGGCUGAGCCGAUGGACCGAGUGGAUUAUGCAAAUGGAGAUCACAUCUCAGACCUGUCUUUUUCUAAAAGGAGAAGCUGGGAUUCAUUAAAUGAAACCAUUAAGACUGAGGUCUUAACUAUUAGCAUUAAUGAGGAUGUAUCUGAACAUGACAUUGACUGGAGCCCUGAACAGGAGGAUGCUGCUGUGGCAGAAGCCCUUGCAGCCCUAGAAGCUGCCACUGCAGGAGAGGAUGGUGAAGAGGGGUACUAGGAGGAAAGAGUCGCCUCAGACAUCAGUCAGUAGACUCUUUUCUCCUCAUUACCUAUCGGGCCAGAUCCUCUAGGUAACUAAGCUACUGCCUGGAUGUAUGCUAAACACUUGGGAGGUUCCUUAGUUCCCUCAAGAGUCUGUCAUUCAGGUCAUUAAAAUAAUAAUAAUGCAUUAAAUCAAA